AGCCUCUGCUGGAUCCUCUCUCUCUCUCUCUCUCUCUCUCUCUCUCUGCGUUGAGAAAAUGAAAAAGAAGCUGCUGUCCUCCGCGCCAUGGAGAGAUGAAGAGAAAUCCGAAAAAUUCGAGGAUGCGAAGCUCAGAGCCACCAAUCAGCCGGGAACGACACCGACCAUGCAUGUCCCUCGCAAGAAAUCUGUAUCAUCGAAAGCCACUGAUGAGGACGAAUCAAUCGAGAUUGAUCCUGAGCUCCGAUACAGCUUCCAGAGGAAUGUUCAGUUUCUCAGACGAGUGUUUAGCAUUGACACCAUCGUGAAGCCGCUUCCUCCUGCGAUGGCGUACAAUGUUUCACGCAAUUUGAGCUUUUUCACUCGCAUUUUCACACAGUUCUUUGAUCCAGAGGGUAUAUCGAAUGCCCAGAAAUCGCUUGGGUUAGGCCAAGAAGAGAAGGUGCGGCGCGUCCGUUGAAUAAUUCUCAAAAAUCUAUCGGAUCGUUUCUAUAAAUUGGUUGUCAUGCUUGUAUUUUUUUUUAUUAGUACUGAAAAUUAGAGUGACAGCUUUUUUGGCAUUACUACUUUAAGCAAUUGUGGGCGUUUUUAAUUCUCAAAGUUGAUUUUAGAUGCCAUGAAGGUGUUUGUUUAUCUUCCUGACUUCAAGAUGCUUCCAAUAUUAUUAUUAUUUUUGGCAUCAAGGGGUGGAUGUGAUUUUGAGGGA